AUGCAGCGUGCAAGGAAACUGAAGAGGGUUUCGUGGGCUCCUGCAUCUCAUCUUUGUCAGGAUAAGCAUGCAUUUUUCUGGAUUGGUGAGCAAAUGAGUGUGAAUCAUUUGCUUUCAUUGGACUGUUUGGACCUGACAGACUAUGAUGCACUUGUAAAAUUUUUCUUAUCUGAGGACUGUCCUUCAAAAAUUGGCAAUAAAUCUCAAGAGAAAUCAAAGGCAUUGUCCACAUGGCCUUUAACUACCAAUGAAUAUGGUGAUUCAUCACGCGGAUUUGAAGGCAAUCAUUUCCAGAAUCAAUAUUCAGAAUUCUCUGAAAUUUCUCAGAUUAAAUGGGAAUGCCCUCCUUCGUUUGCUUUGAGUCAUUGUUGGUGCGUUGCAGCUGGUGAAGAAAGUAUGGAGAAAUAUGAUCAAAUGCUAAGAGAAAUGAGAGUGUCUGAAGCAUAUUAUCCUUGCACUACUGCCAUUCCUCCUGGCCCUUUUGUUUCAUUUAACGUGGAGAAUGAAUGUUAUGAUGAUAGUCUUACUCCUGUCAUCCCUCAGAUUCACAUUCAGGAAUAUGAAUCAGUAACAGAUAUUAAAUCUGAUGUUUGUGUCAGAAAACAUAGAGACUCUCCCUCCAAUCUGGAGACACAAGCAGCAUCUUCGGAGGCAAAUUUAGUUGCAGCUUCUGCUGCUGCUGUUGUAGCUGCCAUCUCAGAAAGCAAUGAGAAAGUAACCGAAAUUGAUAUGGAUUUUCUCCUUACAAUAGCUAAUGACCCAAUAGUGAUUGGGAAAUUAAUCGAAGAAUAUUCAACUGUUACCACCACUGGGAUCAGUACACCCUUAAGAACUGUGAGUGCAAGACAAUCAACGUUGACCAUGUCAGAAAUUCAAUCUAUUCCAUCUCUGGCAACUACACUUGAUAAGCCUGCAACUCCACCUGUUCCUUUGUCUGGGCCUGUAUCUGCUCUUGCAAGAAGUCCUACACCUCAUGUGCACAUGCCUGUGAAAAAUCAAUGUAAGAAACUUGUUAGAAAACAUGGUGGUAAUAGUAAGCAAGACAUGCAGAAUCAUAAUAAUUUCCAAGAUUUGAAACGUCCACGUGUCAUUAAUCCAGAGGAGGUGAAAAUGAAAAUUGAGAAACCUUGCAAAUACUAUAAAACUUCAAGGGGUUGUCGCAAUGGUUCACGUUGCCGUUAUCAACAUGAUAUGUUAGUGUGGAGGAUGUAA